AUGAAGGCGGACGAAGCCAACAGAGAGGCGGAAGGUGCGCAGCAGUUCGCACAGAAGGCAAUGAAGGCAAAGGAGGAAGCUCUGGUGCUGCAGAAAGAAGCUGAGGCUGCGCAACAGCGCGAAACAACACGGAAUGGGAGGUUCCACGACAGGGGAGCGUGGCAACCAUCCACGCCUGAUGUGGGUUCUUUUGAGCCGAUGGACGAGACAGGAACUGUGACGCACGACGUUGCUUCAGAGCCAGAAGACCUACGAGGCGCGCGAGACUUCGAAGAGGACACUAUUAUGGAUACAAAGCACAGGGCGACUCCGUCGCUGCGCACGCCCAGCUCAGAAGUGAGGCAUGAAUGGUGGGGAGAGUCAUCCACUGCCGCACGGGACGCAUUGAGUGGUGACGCGGUGAGGAGUUUUCGAGAUGAUGCGCAUCAUGCCACAGAUCGCCUUGAGGAUCCUCGGUCUUUCGAAAGCAAGGACACAUCUGUGGAACCCAGCGAAUGGACGAAUGAUGCAUCAGCGCAAACAGACACAACUGAUGCUGGGAACAGACGGUCGGCGAGGUAUGAGCACCCCCCCACACAGAACCGACGGCGUGGUGCCACGCAACGGUGGGGAGGCGAUGAGACCAAUUCCGGCUCUUCUUCUUCCACAGUUUGGGAUGGCAGCUGCACCCCUUCGUGGAUUUGUGUGCCACUGAUUCUGCUGCUGACACCGUUCUAUGUGGCCGCGUGA